GUUAUCAACAGAGUCAACUCACUACACCUUUUGAAAACACAAUUUGAAACCGGCAAAUUCUUUGAUCGACUAUGAUCUCGGGAAUUCACUUCCUGGACCAGACACACAAGCCUGUAUGAAUCGGGAAUUCGUUGUCUUGGGGACAUAUUUGGAUUUAUUUAAGACCCUAUCCGAUGUGGUGGUUCAUCACAUCCCCCACCAGUUCUCUGAAGACAUGGUCCAGCCAUCCACUCAUUACCCACUUGGACUUCUAUUCAAGGAUGAGACAAAAACUGCGGACUUGGUGGAUGUGCUCCCGCACCUUCAAAAGGAGUAUGUGCCAAGAUGUCCCGAUGGGCUUGAAAAGAUUUUGAUCGGGGGUGACAGACUCACAGAGGGCAAUUGCCGGAAUAUCCAGUUGGCGUUUGCUGAUGGGGAGACAGAGGAGAACCGCCUGGAAGGCCUCGUUUUCAAAUUUGAAGACUGGCACGCAAUUAGGAAUCUCUUUGAGAUAUAUCAUCAUAUCUUCUUUAAGGAAGGAUCUGCCAAAGACCAUGGCACAAUCCUCGCCAACAUGAAUCUCUUGAGGAGUCUUCCCCAAAGAUAAUCUUCACCAACCAUGAACUUGGUGUGGAUUUAUGAACUGUGUGGAUGUAUGAACUGUGUGCAUGUUUCCAAGAAAGCACAGCCACCAUGAAUUUUGGCUGCUUUCCGUCGGGCUAUAUGGAAAAAAGGGGUUGAUGGUGCAGCAAUGCGAAAAAAAAGGCCCACAUGCUGCAUACAACGCGUAUAAACAGUUUGUGCAGAGUGACACGACAGCACUUUUCCUUGCGGCAGCAAUGGAACAUUUCCAUUUGAAUGAUGUCAGAGCGACUCCUGAUGGGUUAAUUCCAGACCACAUCCAGCAAGGCUCUGCUGAACAGAAAAGGACCUGGCUCCAUGACUCUGUGGCAGAGGUCGUUGACAAGUUUUUAAUGUCUACAGAUAUUUCUGGACGGUCAGCUGACGUUGCUGAAGCAGCAAGGGCCCUACACAAAGAGAAGGAGAAGCACCGUUGUCGUGAGCCAGGUUGCACCAGAGUUUUUGCCUACAAAAAAUCCAGAGAUAACCACGAGAAGAAAGUCCACAGUCUUGUGGUGGCAUCUAUGCCAGUUGUUGAGCCUGCUUACUCUGAUUUGAUUGACUUCAAAAAAGAGCAUACUGAGGCCAGGCUUAGUUUUGGAUUCCUGCUUUUUGAUCUAUUGGAUGCAGUGAAAGAGGGAGAUGGGGAGCGCUUAAUAAGGCUGUACAAGGUGGCACUACUAAUUUAUAAGGCUUACGGGCACACUCAGUAUGCCUACAGCACUUUCCUCUUAACAGUGCAAGUCAGUGCAACACUGUCCCCUCAGGUUGCACAUGAUGUAACCUGGAACCGAUUUUGGAAUAGCAGGGGUGGGAAAGGGAAAAAUAUACCACUCGAUCUGCACCUCGAGCACCUCAACAACUAUCUAACUAUCUUUGUUUUUGAGAAACAAAGGCACUAACCUUACCGAGCAAACAGCUGACAGGGUCAGCAGAUCUGCGGGUGUAUUAAAAACACUGAUGGACACCGCAGACAGAGAGCUGCAGCUAUCCCGACCUAGUGGCAUCCACCAUGCAGCUGAUCUCAAAAAAGACAUUUUAACUUUGCUAGAGGUAUUUAUGAAGACAGAAGUUUUCAAAGACCAACCGGGAAGACAGUUCUCUGCAUUCCCUAACUUUGACAGAAACAUUCUGUCCAAACUAAAUUAUGCAGACUUAUGGAAAUGGAUGUGUUCCAGGCUGAAAGACUGGAGGGCUGUAGCACUUUAAACAAUUACUUACCUGAUUUGUAAUGGUCCAGCUCUGAAUCUCUGUCAUAGAAGGUCUACUUGGAAUUUUGGUGUAAAUAAUGUAAAUAGUUAAUUUUGAUACACUUAUGGUGUUAUCUACAGACAAGUAUUUAAAUAAUGUCUAUACAGUAAUUGUCCUUGUGUAUAAUGAUGUUUUUACUUUUGUUAAAUUUCUUUUUUUGAAUAAUCUUAUAUUUAUAUUAUAACAGAUUGCAUAUAUUGUAUUAUUACAUUUGCACAGGUAAAAUAAAACUUUU